ACUGACUCAGACUCCAAAACUCGAGCACUUCAUCUCUAACUCGUUGCCCAAAAUGAGGUUACACGACUCACAGCUUGGUGACGCAUACCAGGAUAACAAGAAGCACGACGUUAGAACCCGCCUUGGAGGUGAAAAUUGGGAGGGGCCUAAGGAGCGAGGGCCCUAUUUGAAGUACGUCGAGAAUCUAUCAAAGAGAUGGCCUCAGCUCGAGCUACUACAUGAUUUCAUGGAAAUUGGCACUGUGCCUACGCGCUGGUGCAUCUUCCCUGGAGAGGAAAAAGAGAAGAAUGAGCAACGACGCUAUACAUAUCAUACUGCCAUUGGCCCGAGAAGAGAACAACAGAAAAGGAGAGCCCAGAAGAUGAAUGUCGCAUUACUGAAAUUCAAAGAUAAUGGACAGGCAGAACAGAACCCAGCCAAUCACCUUCGUACGGCUCAAGAUCUUCGAAGGGCCAUUAAAAAGGCGGAAACCCCCGAGGUAGGAGUCAAGUUCAGCUUAUUCGUCGUCGAGGAUCUUUCACGAGACGUGAUCGAAACCCUUGGAUCUGAGCUAGCUAUCGAUCCACGAUUCUUUCGCGCUCAUAUUACCGACUAUGUCUGGAACAACAUCCGCGAUCGAUGGCGUGAGCCGUCAAUACUCCAGGUUGAUGCAAAAAGACAGAGGUGGUUCCAGCUUCGCCUGAUCCGUUCUCGAUACUUUGAGAAUCAAAGACAGUUGACGGAAGCAAAAAACCAAGUCAACGAGUUCAAUGUUAUGCGACGCCUUGACGCGGAUAAGAACCAAAUCUUCUGGGAUAAGGAUCCAGAUCCCACGAUAUGGGAAAGGCUUGUAGGUGAAUCUUCUCAAGACAAGGACCGAGUGGAUGCAAGAGUUGAUGCAAAGGUUGGACAUAUGCGCAGUCGUGCUACGUUCUGGUUAAACCCGGAAUCGACUAUCGGUGUUAUUUUACUUGAACCAACGCCCGAAGCUGGGUAUCCUCUUUGGCGGGGAUAUCCCAACUGGGACGAAGUGCCGGCGUUCGGUACCAACGGUGCCCCUACAAACGCAGUGCCCGACUUUCAGAUACCGCCAUCUCUGCGAUCCAAGGAUGCUAGAAACCCAAUGAGCUGGUUUGAAGACUACAUUUUUUGGGCCCAGAGAACCACCAACUUCGCGAAGCUCACAGACAGUGCAAAUCAACAGCUUUCCAUUCCGAUCCAGUGCUUGUUGCAUUUAGUAUGUGGCGAGUGGCUGACGUUCGCCGACUAUCUCAACGCCCGUCUCAACCAAAUUGACUGGGGAAUCGUAAACCCAUCAUUCUUCCCCGAGUCUGGAGGUACAGAUCAUCAGAAGCAGAGUCUUAGGAAGCUUCAUUUCUGGCGACGAUGGGUACCCCAAGCACGGGAUAUGCUUCAAGCAACCAUGAGCCAAGUCAUGGAUGAUGAAGAACGGGGAUUUGCCGAGUCUUUCAAGCUCUACAAAGAUGAUUUGGAAAUCAUCAAGAAACGCCUGGAGGACUACGAAACACGGAUUGACCGUCUCAGCACGGUCGUCAACUCGACUAUCAGCCUGACUGAUGCAAGCAACACGUCCAAACUCACCAUACUGGCAUCGUUUUUCAUCCCGCCGAGCUUAGUGGCUGCACUGUUGUCAAUGAACAUGGAUCCACUGAUUGGGCUUGGGGACUCGCUCAAAUGGUGGGCGGUGGCGUCUGUUGUAGCUGUGACGAUUCUUUUCACCAUAGGUUAUCUCUUGAAGACAAGAAAGGCAGAAAGUCUGAAAAAGAACUUGUCGAUUACGAAGAUGGUUCCGAAGUUGGAAGGACGAUGGAGGAGCAAGGCAAAGCCAAGUCCGACUACGAAUGGUGCCGUUUGCUAAGAGGCAGGAUAUGUCAUGAUGUUUAUGAAACCCGAUCUUUAGUUGAGUCACAGCGAAGGAAGGAAAUGGAGUGCUACGGCUGUCUAGUCGGUCAUGUUGGAACGAAUGAAGCUUUCCUGUCAUGAAGCCAGCCACUUGGAAUCGCCAAAGGAAAUGAGGCCUGCCAUGCAAGGAACCUCGUAUGAUGCACGCCAGGGCUGCCAAGAUGUCCCUCAGCAGGUAACGCGCAGCGCCAGCGGUCACGUUUGCAGAUUGGCGCAGGCCAAUAGAUCCCGUUGAUGUGUGCCUCGCGGUAAAUACUUGACUUCAUUUUGCCCAUUCUUUGUUUCCCCAACGUUUUCUGAGAGAUCUAUCUCACAGUGACAAAG